CCAGCAGACAAGCUAGCCAUCUACACCUCUAAAAGCUAUGUGGACCCUCUGAUAAAAGCAUUUGAGUACAUGAAGCUAAUAUUGGACACCACAGCUUCUGAACUCAAGCAAAACAAGUCUGGUGUACAGCAUCACAGCAAAUGGAAACACUUCUCCUACAGCAGUUCAGCCUCCGGCUGGCAGUUGUGCUUUGCUGAGCAGAGGAGCUCUAUCAGCUGGAAGGAGGGUUUUCCCGAGCCUGCUCCCCGUUGUCCCCAGCCCUGCCUCCAGGCUCGGUCCCUAGGGCGGGCAGGCAGCAGGCACGGGUGCCCUGAUGGAAGCAGGCAGAACACUGCACAGCUGCCCAAUGUUUGCAUUUCAGUCCUUAUCCAUGGAAAAGAUGUUUUGCAGACUGGGUUUUAGUGGGCAACAGUGCAGGCUACUCAAAUCUCCCUUUACAAGGCCUCCUGGAGUAAGGCAGAGUGUUCCCUCUAACAAAACUGCUGCCGUAGACCCACCAUGCCCGUAAGACUCGUAAGGACUGUGGUAAACUGGUAAGCUCCCAUCCAUUCUCAUAUACAGUAAUGCCUGAAAAGCGAAGAUGUUUUUCUUAAAAAGAAAACAUUCAGAAUAUUUUUAGAAUAUUAGACAAAGAUGCUAUUUGUGCGCUAGACUGGUUUAACUCAACUGAAGUAACUGAUAUUAAUUAGUAUAGCCAACAAUAAAACUGGGCACCAAAAAUCUACAGAAUGGACGCUAACCUACCACUGACCAUGCUCAUUAGAAAUUUUCUCCCAUUCCUAAAAUCCCUCUAUUGGUCACUAGCCCCAGUUCUAUGUAAACCAGAAAUUUAAAGAACAAUUGCUUACAGAAAGCUAAACAAAACGAGCUUCAGACAUAUCAGAGCGACUUUGCCCUGUUACUGACAGAGCUCUUCAAGAGAAGAAACUCAAACACAUUUAUUUUAACUCGGGAAGAUGUCCCACCUGUAAGCACAAAGACAGGUAGUGAGACUUAAGGUAGUGAGACUUAAGAGCUGAUAUGCUGCAUUCAGCAGCUGUUACCCCGAUGUUAAUGUUACAGGCAGUUGCCAUUCGAAUUGGGACACCGUCCCUUUAAACACCAACACCAUCAAUAGCAGAAAGAGGGAAGGGAAGGUGCUGAGGGCAGGCAGGCCCCUGCCGUGUGCCACCUCGGUGGCCCCCAUCUCUUAGGUAGCUCUCGUGAACAAGUAAGCUCAAUGUCAUUACGGCAGAGCCCGCACAGCUCUACCAGUUUAGUCAGACGUUUAAAUAUGCAAGCUUUUCAUUAAGACAUCACUAAUAACCCAUGAACGCUAGAGUUAAAAAUGCGCAUAUAUACCACCACCGGUUCAAACCCAAUCCUAGACAGAGAAGCAAACGCCAAGUGGGAUGAUCCCAGAUGGUUUUGCCUAGGGGGAUGCAUUGUUUCUGCCACGGAUCGCCUGUGUAGAAGCUUUUGCAUUCUUGCACUCCAGCAGACAAGCUAGCCAUCUACACCUCCAGAAGCUAUGUGGACCCUCUGAUAAAAGCGUUUUGAGCACAUCAAGCUAAUAUCGGACACCGCAGCUUCUGAACUCAAGCAAAACAAGUCUGGCGCACAGCCUCACUGCACAUGGAAACACUUCUACAGCAGCUCGUCCUCCGGUUGGGCACAACCACCAACUCCUCCAAACUUACAACUUGUCGGAGGGCGCAGCCCCGGGCUCCCCGGCGGGAGCCGCACAGCGAAGGGUGGGCACGGACGGGUUUUGCGGGGGAGUGGGUCGCGUGGUGGUUUUAGUUUUUUAUUUGUUUGUUUUCGUGUGUGGUGUUUUUUUUUUAAAGCAACUGGAUAGCGCGAGUGGGUUUGUCCCCCUCGCCCCCCGAAGGGUUAAGGCGCCGCCGCCCCCGGCGCCGCUGCCCCGCCGCCCCCGCCCGCCGAUCUGGCAGUUUCUCAAGUUACUCCCCUCAGGCAGCUUGAGCCAGUAAAACCAGAUCCCUCCACCUCGGCGGAGCUCGCUGACAACCAGCCGUCUGGUUUCCUAGGAAACAAAAUCUUGGCUAGAAAUAGUGAAUCAUUUCCAGGUCACUUUCAACAUGGAGAGUGGAGCGGGGAAGCAUUGGACUGAGGAGGAGGUUAAAGCCUUGUUAAGCGUCUGGUCAGAAAAAAAUAUCAGAAAGCAACUCCACGGCACCCUGAGGAAUAAAGGAAUAUUCAUCUACAUUGCUAAAAGGUUGCAGGAGUUAGGAGUUUGCAGGGAUUGGAAACAGUGCCGUGCAAAGUAUAAAAACCUGAAGUAUGAAUACAGAACGGUUAAAUAUGCCCACAACUCGGGGGAUGUCACUAAAACCAUGAAGUUUUUCCAUGAUCUGGAUGCCAUAUUGCGAUACGAACCUGUCACACAAUUAGCAGCAGAAGAGAACGGCAGGUGUUCUGCGACUGAGGCGCAGCUGAACACAAGCCCCACCACAGAGAGCGCGCAAGGUGAAAUAUCAGUUUCUUUAGAAGAUGAUGAGGAUGCUCCAGGAGAUCCACUACUUUUUAUGUCUCAUGUCAGACCAGUUCAACUAGGUAAUCCAACGUCAGCAAUAGAGGCUUCCAAAACACCGGCUUUUAUUCCAACAGUAGCAAAUGAAGGAGGAAAACACUGGACUGUUAAUGAAGUCAGAGCUUUGAUACGCAUAUGGUCAGACAAAAAUAUCCAGCAACAACUGGAGGGGACAGUGAGAAAUAAAAGAAUAUUUGAACAGGUUGCUGCUAGACUUCAGAAGUUUGGAAUUGACAGGGACUGGAAGCAGUGCAGGACAAAAUAUAAAAAUCUGAAACAUGAAUACAAGAGUGUUAAAAGUGCCCAAGACUCAGGGAGUACAAGUAAAAGUAUGAAAUUUUUUAAUGAACUGGAUGCUAUUCUGGGGCACAGCACCAUGGAACAAGCAAGUAAAUCAGAUAAUGAUGAAAGUGAGAGGCCUCCAGAAUGGACAGAAGCAAAAUCAGAAAAGGACUCCAUAGAAAUGCCUGGAGACACAGCUGAAGAGGACUCUGUUAGUAAUAUGUCAGAAGACCUACGGGUUGGAGAUACAAAGAAAGUUUCUGACUCAGAUGAUGUUACUGUAAAUACUACUCCAGAGAAUCAGGCAGCUCUGCGUAUAACGAAAGAAACACCUAUGACAAAAAUCUUUGAAGAUGAGGGGGACUUUGCCCACUCCACUCCAGCAGCUCUGGAAACUACACAAAUAAAGAAGGAGACGAUUGACAUAGAUGAUGAUUCUAUAAGCACUACCUCAGAAGACAGAUCUUGUACGCCAGUAACAAAACGGAUGGUCGGGACAGACAAUCACAUCCCCUUGGAAGAAGCACAAAAUCACUUUAAAGUUAUUACAGUUAAUGAUACUGGAGCAGGAAAACACUGGAGUGAUAAUGAAGUCAGAGCUCUGAUAAACAUAUGGUCAGAUGAAAAGAUACAACAAAUGCUUGAAGGGGCCACGAGAAAUAAAGAAAUAUUUGAGGAAAUUGCCAGAAGGCUAAUGAAACGUGGUAUAGACAGAGAUUGGAAACAAUGUCGCACAAAGUACAAGAACCUAAAAUAUGAAUACCGUGCGCUGCAGAAGGAAAAUGAGCAUCUUGGUAAUCCCAGGAGAAAAAUGAGAUUUUACGAUGAAGUUGACUGUAUCUUAAGAAGACAGCCUCUGGGUCCCUCAGGCUGGGGAUGUGAAAGUUCAAGUCUCCUAUCAGUUUCAGUGGGAGAUGUUACAGCAAACACAGGAUCCUUGAGUAUCAAGAGAAAAACAUGGAAUGAUGAGGUGUCGCCUGUUCCACUUAAGAAAAGUGCUUCUGAAAACACCAUAUUCCACUUCCAAAAACUAUUAACAGAGAGAGUGCACACAGUAACAGAAGGCAAAAACUUACUGUUAGAAAGGCUUUGUAAGCAGGAAGAAAUGCAAGACCUCAACAGAACACAGCUGUAUGCUGAUCCGUCAGCCAUACAACAGGUUGGUUUAAUGAACUUUCUAUAAAAUUAGCAUGCAAAGAGAUUCUCUCAGAUAGUAAGAAAGUAAAUAAGACUUAUUUAUGAGUGUAGGUCACCCACACGAGUACAUGCUUGCUCCCCUUCAAUAUAUUCACUUUCAGUCAUUUAAACAAGUUAUCAUCAUAAUCCUUAACUAUGAGCUUUUAGCAGUGACAUCAGUUAGUCUGAUAGAAGAUGUAACUUCUGCGUACAUGCCUUGACUCACCUACAUGCCACAAUUAACAGGCUUAAUUGAAAGAAAAUAAUAACUUUGACUGAUGAAGGAAAACAUGUAGUUAAAAUUUCAUCUCAUAAUUUCCAAUUACCAUCUCUAUGACCUUCCUAGCAAGUUAGUCCUCUGCAAUUAACCAAACAGCUGAAGCUGUAAGAGAACAACUUCUUGGUUAGGCAAGGCUGGUGGGGAAAACAUACCACCUAAUUCCUUUAUCAGCAUUUACCCUCCUCCUGGCCUCUCCACCUGCCUGUGCUAGGGUGGGGGACCAUCCCCAUCUGCCUGCUGAAGGUAUUGUGCUGUGCAGAAAUGAACUUGAGAAUUCAAUGAGCCAGAACGAAAGUACACAAAGUCGCUGCCCACCUAGAAGGGGCAGGCAUGGGUUCUGGUCCCUGGACAAGGGGUCUGCCUUGUCCAGUAACCAAAAGUACAAAAACCAUAGAAACAGUGCAGGGAACAGUGACGUGGUAAGUGACAAAUGCCAUGCCACAACUAACCACACUUUGCAAAAUCCUACUAGCCACCACUACUUCAUUUUGUGAUUGUGUAAGUAAUAGCCUGCACUGCCUGCAAGGCAUGCUUAUCUAGGGGUUUGCUUUCAGUGUCUUCAAGCAAAACAACUCAGUUCUGGAUCUCAGUCAUGUCUGGGCAUAGACUUACACAACCCUGCCAAAGCUAGGUCAGUUCUGGGCACACACAGGGGCACAACUGAAGUCAAAUAGUCAAGUCCUUACUGCAGCAGCAACAGCCGCCAGCUUUUUUUACACAGAGGCCUAAAUUCCACCCAAGUCUCUCUUUACGACAUCUUACACAAAAAUGUUACUGGAUAUAGUGCUUUGUUUCCUGCUUUAUGGUUAAUUAUUGUCUUAUUAAAUCAUUUAUGAGAGACAUUAUGAAGGUAAAUAAUUUUCACCAAGGUAGAUGUUGUCUGCCAUUUGACUAGCAUUUUUGAAACAAUUCUGAGAAGUCAGAGAAAGAUCCCUAGAAAAUCAGUUUUUUGAUCAUAUUCAUUUAUACAGUGACACAGAUUUACUAUUCGUCCAGUGUAUGUUUAUAUACUACUUUUCACAUUGGUUUCUCAGUACAAACCUUCUUUGACUUGUAAUACUAGCAACACUGUGAGCUUAAAAAUCUUUCUCCUCUUUUUGCAAUGAGUUGAUUGGAAGAUACACAUCUUGAACUUGCGUUAUAUUACUUGCAUAGAGAACUGCUGUCUUUGGUAGGAGAACAAGGGAUCUGUCCCUGCCAUCAUGGCAGUCAGGUAUCCUUCUAGAACAUGACGAGCCAGCUGAAGACCUCACCAUUCCUAGCAGUACUAAUAUCACUAAUAUCCUUCCACCUGUGAACCAGAAAAAAUGUACUCCAGUACAUUUAAACAGUUUAGUUCCAUUUUGAUUCAAAUUAAGUUUUUAAAAAUACUUUAUUUUUUUUUUUUAAUUUUAAAAUAAAAUAGUAUGGAUCACUUAUAUCUUCUGCUCUACCUGCUGUGUUCCAUGAGUGCAAGGCUGAAGUUGAUUUGAUAACUCAUUGCAACAGGAAGAUCCCUUUUUCUCCAUGCUACUCUGAACAGUCCAAUGCUUGCUGGAUCCCCUAUAAACCAGUUCAGCUCACUAACCUGACAAAAGACUAGCCCAGCUGGGGAAAAAAAAAAAGUGCAGAUGGUUUUCUGUGUGAUUUGGAGCAGCCCAGCAAGUUCUCAGCUGUGCUAGGCCUAGGUUUGAGCAGCUCAAAGGUUGUUUUUGUUGCAGUAUGACUCCCUCUCAGAAGCAAGGCUAACCUGAGGGAGGCAGUUGGAACUGCAAAGACAAACUGCACUUAAAAUGCGAUGCACAAGGAUCCCAAUCUUUCCAAAACUUUUCUGUCAUUCACUACAAUGUCCCCCCAAAAACUUGCUCCCAUAAAAUAAAAAAGUAAAGACUUAAUUUUAUUCAUUAGAAUAAGUAGAUCUUUCAAGAAAUAUGUAUCUGGUUUUAAAUGCUGUUGUUAAGGUGAGAACUGCAUAAAAACACUGAGGCAAAGGACUGUCUAAAUUCUUAGUAGGUCAGAGCAGAGAACUGCAGAGCACACUUGGCUUGGAAACUGUUCAUAUCAACACUAGAGGGUAGACAUGAAGCAAGAACAGAAAAAAACCUCAAGUAGCUUUCCAAGUAAAAGUUUUUUUCUCAAAAAACUUUCCAGAGAGCGGGAUUUACCUCACAAACAAACGUUCAAAGAAGGUGGACUUCCCCUUGUGUGGGAUUCCACUUCUAUUCGGCUUUGUGACUGGAAAGCAUAGCUAGCUUUUUGUAAUUGUUUUGUCAGAAGGCUAUCUGCUUUUUCCCUGCUGUUCACAUUUAUUUUCAGUCAAAGAUGGUAAGAGAUGUCAAGUGCAUGGGGAAUUUAGCAUCAUCAAAUAUUUAUGUGCUACUCCCAUUUAUACAGAUAACAAUUCAUUUACUUGAAUAUGUAGGAUGCUGAGAUAGAUAAAUCAAAGUGGCAUCAAGACCUUUCUUCACUGCAGUUGUAACUUACGAUUCCACAUCACUUUUUGCUUAGAGGCAAAAUAACAUGAAUGUUGCACAUUUAGGAUUCCAGUUGUCAGGAGCUGUGGGCUGUCUCCUUUUGACAGCAUCUCCCAGAGUAGUGACAAUGGGCUAAAUACAAUGUGACUAGAGAGAAGGAUUUCUCAAAAAAAGUCCCCUUGAAAAUAGCAUUAAUCCAACUUGUCCUCCCAGUGUAUUUUUAUAUCCACUUGAGCUUGUGCUGUGGCUCUGCUCUGUUGACAGCUUUACAUUUAUUACAGCCACACAAUAUUUAGUCUAGGCACCCUUAUGGGCAAGUUAAGUGGAACUUGGGACACUGUCUGACAUAUGCUAAAUGGUUAUGUGUGAGAAUACUACCAUAGGACUGACAGGGUUUGGGGACGAGAGACCUUCUUAAGACAUAGAUCCACAACAUGGUUCCUUUUUACAGAAAGGCCAGACCAAUCUGUUUCCAUGUAUUUUCAUGCUGCUGGGAAUCUUAAUAUAAAGUACAUCAUGAAAAUGAUUGAGCUUAAAAAUCAAAACCAACACUGAGUAAUUACGGCAGGAGCAGCAGUCCUGUAAAAACCAAAGAUCUUUGCUCUUCUCCCUCAAAUAUCUGCACUAUUACCAAGGAGCCAGAUUACUGUGAGGACAAAUCUGACUCCUCCCCAGUGGCAAAUGGAGAUACUGAAAUUUUCAAGGUGUGGCAGAUAAAUGGAGCAAUCACCACUCUGACCUAUAUUUAAAAGUUCCAUUCUUCUCUAAAGCACACUCAUUCACUGAGAUGAAUGGGUCACUCUACAUGUCUCAGAUAGGGCUGUUACCCUGGAAAGUCCUCUGAAUGCCCCAUUUAGAUUAUUUCCUGGUAGACCAAACUAUAUUUGGGCCAAAUGCCUGGAGAAUGAGCUUCAGGGAACAGAAAUGCUUGCAUUCAUGUUGGAUCCACAAGCUCUGUCAGCAUCACUGUUGGCCUAAAAAACUCUCCCUCCACACUCUCAGCCUUUGUUCCUUCUAGCAGCAAGGUCUCCUUUGUGUUGGCACUAGCACUCACAUGGCCAAGUGGUUAACCGACUGACAGAACUGAUUUAAAUUAAAACUACACUAAUUAAUAAAAAGCCCCUCCAAACAACCCUGCUUUUUUAAGUUCGGGGAAAGUAGUGUAAGACAUGGCAGAAAGAGCAGCCAAGGCAAUUUAUUUGAACUGAACUACCCAGCAGGAACGUCCCAUGCUGUGUACAACCCUCCCUCCGUUCAUUAGGCUCAAAUUUAAGGUAUGGGCAAACAAGCCAACAGAGCAAUCCCGUGAAAAUUACUGGAGAGCUGUGUCAUGCCUACAUGGAUGAUGUAACUACAGUCAACGUGAAGAAAAAUGAACAGUCUCACCCCAGCUAAGGCUAGGUUAAUCUAAUGGAAAGUCUGUUGGUCACAAUAAACAUUAAGGGCUGCCUCCAAAAUGUCCUCUUGUAUCUACAUUUUGGCACCACUUCCCUCCUGGUUUUUCCGCUCAUUUCAUUCCAGUUGGUUACUCCACAUCCAGAGAUAAGAGCUGUGACUGAACUGCAUUCUGUGACAUGUACAUCUCAGAGAUUUGAACUUGGUUAGAAUGGAAAUCUGGCUUAUCUUCACUUUCCAAAAAAGAGCAUGCAGGAACCUGAGCUCUGCAGGAAGUUAUGUGAGACAGCCAAGUGGCUAUAACAGCUCACCACAGCAAAAAAGUCUUGCUGCCUAUCUCUUCCUACAAGAGUAAGCUUUAUGGCAUGUAAUUAAACCGGGCUGUUGGCACCUAGCAGCACAGAAUGCCCUAUAAAUGUAAACCAAGAUAGAACAAAAUGAUAAAAAGUGGUAACUCUAUCCACAUUCAUUCUGUGUCUCUGAAAGUAAUCGAAAAUGUUUUACCAGCACAUACAGCAUGAAUGUUCUGCUAAAACAGCAUACAGACUCAACCACUAGCUAGGCAGACAUCUUACCCAGUAUAUUCCAUAGAAAAUUUACAUAAAAAUAUGGUUAAUUACAAAAUUUGGCAUUUAGACAGUUAAAACAUUUAACACUGCAGUUCUUGCAUCUGGGGAUGGGGGAUCUGCUGAACCUAUAAUGGGCUCUUGAGAUGAAGAGAUAAAUAUGUUACAUACCAAAUUACCAGGAUCAUUACCUGUAGCAUGCCUAUGUUACUCAGAAAAUACCCAUCCAAAUACUAUUGCAUUUUAAAGCUUUUUGUCUGAAAGAUUCACCGUGUAAGAGAGGGUACUAAUAGCUUGCUAAAUAGGCUUUUAAAAAAAAUCGAUCAUGUAGCCAAGAGGUUGUAUACAAAACGUAGAUGAGCACUUUCAUUAUGCUAUAUUGAGUGUAGAUAUUUGGAAGGAUGGCUAAUGGGAAGCCAUCAGUCAUUUUACUAGAUUGAAAGAGAAGUAAGAAUUCUUAACUUAUAUUGCUGAUUAUUUGGGUUCUGUUGUGUGGGUUUUAAUAGUGGACAGUAAUAAAGAAGGUAUCAAAAAAGCAUGCUGGCUGAACCUCCACUCUUCAUUUACUUUGAUUCUCAUUAACAAAUUCCAUACGUAGACCCAGCUGAGAUGGUAUGAGGAGUAUUCUCUGACUUUACAGACUUG